AUGAAGCUCAUCGCAACUCAUUCAACCUCUAGUGACUCCUUGGAAGUUAUUCCAACCACUGAGGACAAGGAAAUACAGAAUGAGUACAACGGCAUUCAAUUCAAGGACUCGUUGAAACUCAUCAGUAGUCCACUGCGUUCCAUUGUGGCACAGACACUUGGAGGCAACUUGGACCUCUAUGUGCACACCAAACAACAACUACGCAAAUACUGUGAAUCUCGAGGCAAGCAAUGGAGUGACGAGUACAUCGAUCUAUUGACACGGAAAGAACCCAUGUUCUACAGUCUCAUCAAAUCGUACGAGUCAUUGAACAAUACCGUCAUUCCAUCUCGCGAGCAAUGCAUUGAUGAUAUGAAGGGAGAGAUGAUGCCCCAAGACGAGUAUGAUCACAUGGUGAAGCUGUGGAAGACAUUCGAUAUCAAGACAUGGUAUGAAUACUACGAAUUGUACAAUGUACUCGAUGUGACUCUCAUGGCUGAUGCAUUCGAACACUUCCGAAACACCACACUGAAUGCAUUCGGUGUUGAUCCAAUGCAUUACAUCACAGCACCACAAAUGGCCUAUUCGCUCUUCUUGAAGACCAAAGUAUUUUGUAUUUUCUGGAGCGUUUAUGUUAUAGAGUAUGGUUAUGAAACAUUCAGCUCGGGUCCUAAACGUUUAGGGUGGCUUUUGAAUCUUGUGAAUACUACCGUUCCAAAAAUUGGUUCUCCCGACCAGUCUGGCUUGGACUGUUUCUUUAUUGAGCAAAAUGGUAAUUUGUUCAAAUCGACUCUAAUAUAUCGCCCCUAUUUUUAUAUCGCAACAAAAAAGAACCGUGAAAAGCUUGUGGCAGGAUAUUUGGAACGAAAAUAUCGCCAGCAACUCUCUGAAGUUGUGAUAAUCGAAAAAUUGGACCUAGAUAAAAUCGAGCACAUUGUUGGGGACAAAUCAACCUAUCUCCGUCUCUUAUUCCACAACGUCAGCGAUCUCAUGGAAGUCCGUUCCGACAUCCAGUACUUCGUGAAGAAAAACACCUCCUCCGAUCUCGUCAUCGAGCCCGACGAAUCUGACGAUCUCUCUUCCGAAGACCCCACCAGCGCCAUUCUCGACAUCCGCGAGUUCGACGUCCCCUACCUCGCUCGUGUCUGCAUCGACCUCAAUAUCCGCGUGGGCUGCUGGUACGAAGUCGUUCCGGAACCCGCGGGAAUCCGACUGCUCCGGCAAGAGCACAUCCUGACGCCGUCGAACCCGAAAGUGUUCGCGUUCGACAUCGAGACGAGCAAAGCGCCGCUGAAAUUCCCCGACGCGACGAAGGACGCGAUCUACAUGAUCUCUAUCAUGAUCGACGGGCAGGGCGUGCUGAUUAUCAACCGCGAAAUCGUCAGCAAGGAUAUCAGCGACUUCGAGUUCACGCCACAUCCGGAUUAUAAAGGACCCUUCCAUGUGUUCAACGAGCCCUCCGAAGAGCAGUUAUUGCGUCGAUUUUACGCGAUUAUCGAGACCGAAAAACCGAAUAUUUUUGUCACGUUCAACGGCGAUUUCUUCGACUGGCCGUUCGUUCGCGACCGCUCCCAGCUGUACGGAAUCAACCUGCAAGAGGAGCUGGGGAUCCGCGAGGUGAACGGUGAGUUCCGCGGGAGAGCGUCGGUGCAUCUGGACGCGUUCGCGUGGGUGAAGCGAGACAGUUAUUUGCCGCACGGAUCGCAGGGUUUGAAGGCGGUGACGAAGGCGAAGCUGGGGUUUGACCCGAUCGAGAUCAACGCGGAGGAUAUGCUUCGGUUCGCGGUGGAAGACCCGUUCUAUAUGGCGUCGUAUUCGGUGUCGGAUGCGGUGUCGACGUAUUAUUUGUAUAUGAAAUAUGUGCACUUGUUUAUUUAUUCGUUGUGUACGGUGCUGCCGUUGAAUGCGGAGGACGUUCUGCGGAAGGGAUCGGGAACGCUCUGCGAAAUGCUGCUCAUGGUAGAGUCGUUUAACAACGGUAUUAUUUACCCUAACAAACAAAUCGAAUCCCCUUUACGCUUUUUCGAUGGUCAUUUGCUCGAAUCCGAUUCCUACAUUGGUGGAACCGUGGAAUGUCUGGAGAGUGGAGUCUAUCGAAACGACCUUCCCUCCGACUUCGCCAUGGACGCUUCCGCUUUUGAGGAAUUAAUCGCGGCCGUCGAUCAAAUGCUCACCUUCAGCAUCGAAAUGGAGAACGGACUCCGUCGACACGACAUUGCGAAUUAUGACGAAAUUCGGCAGAAACUUGUGUACAUGUUAGAACUUCUUCGCGAUCGCCCCACUCGUCGUGAAACGCCGGUCAUUUAUCACUUGGAUGUGGGUGCGAUGUACCCGAAUAUUAUUCUCUCGAACCGGCUUCAGCCCUCCGCGAUCACGUGCAAGGAACGCUGUGCGAGCUGUCCGUAUCGUAGCGAGGAGUCGAACUGUUUGCGAGCCAUGGCGUGGCGAUGGCGCGGCGAGUAUUUCCCGCUCAAACGGCAAGAAUUCGACCAUCUGCGUAGCCAGUACCAGCUCGACAAGCCGCAGAAUGAGGAGGCGCUCCCCGCGGAACUGAAGCGGCGCGUGCGGGAGUACUGCCGAACGGUGUAUGGGAAGCAGAAGGAGACGAAGAUCGAGAUGAGAGAGGCGUGGAUUUGCCAGCGGGAGCAUCCGUUCUAUGUGAACACGAUCAAGGCGUUCCGCGAUCGGCGGUAUGAGUGGGGAUUGGGGCCGGAAAUGAGGAGCAGGUAUAAGAAACUGACGAAAGUCGCGGUGAAGAAAGCCAAAUCGCUCGUUCUUCUCUACGAUUCGCUGCAGCUCGCUCACAAAUGCAUCCUCAACUCCUUCUACGGCUACGUUAUGCGCAAAGGCGCGCGCUGGCGAUCCAUCCAGAUGGCCGGCGUGACCACUCAUCUGGGAGGCACCAUCAUCACGGGCGCUCGGAAGUUGGUGGAGCGCGUGGGGCGUCCGCUGGAGCUGGACACGGACGGGAUUUGGUGCAUUCUGCCGCACAGUUUUCCGCAGUCGUUCAAAUGGAAGACGAAGGACGGAAAGGAGUUUCCGAUGGCGUACCCGUGCACGAUGCUGAACUACCAAGUGCACAAACUGUACACGAAUCAUCAGUAUCAAACGGAAAUCGAUUCGGUGCAUCAUGUGUUCAAUACGCGAUCCGAGAACUCGAUCUUUUUCGAAUUGGACGGACCGUAUCGCGCCAUGGUUUUGCCGGCUUCCACGGAGGAGGGACGGCUGUUAAAGAAGCGAUAUGCCGUGUUUAAUCUCGAUGGCUCCAUGGCCGAGUUGAAGGGAUUCGAAAUGAAACGCCGCGGGGAACUGCAGAUCAUCAAAAUCUUCCAGACGCAGGUGUUCGAGCGCUUUUUGCUGGGCUCCAAUUUGAAAGAAUGCUACCAGGAAGUCGCCAAAAUCGCCAAUUACUGGCUGGACGUGCUCUUCCGAAAAGGGGAAGGACUGGAAGACGAGGAGUUGUUGGAGUUGAUUUCGGAGUCGAAGUCGAUGUCCCGCAAGAUCGAAGAGUACGGCAAACAAAAAUCGACGAGCCUCACCACAGCACGCCGAUUGGCUGAAUUUCUAGGCAAUGAAAUGAUUCAAUCUGCCGGUACCACCUCCAAUAUGAUCAUCUCCCGCUUCCCCGCGGGACAGCCCGUCACCGAGCGGGCAAUUCCGACGCCCAUCUUCAACACGGAGUCCAAAAUUCGGAACUAUUUUCUGCGGAAAUGGUCGCACGACUCGUCGAUCACCGACUUCGAUAUCCGCAAUUUCAUCGACUGGGACUACUACAUCGACCGUUUCUCCAACACCAUCCAGAAGAUUAUCACCAUCCCCGCGGGAAUCCAGAACAUCGACAACCCCAUCGACCGCGUCAAGGAGCCUGAUUGGCUGAAACGCCUCAUGGAGCGAAACCGCUCCUCCGCCAACCAGAGCAAAAUCAGCGGCUUUUUUAGCGUCUCCAAAAUCCCCGCGGGAGUGAAAACAGCCAAAAAAGCACCCAUUGGGGAGAGUGAAAAACCGCGGGAGAGCGAAGCCGCGGAAAUCGAAUCUCCCAAUGAAAUCAAUGAAAUCAAUGAAAUCAAAGAAAUCAAUGAAACCGUGGAAACCGUGGAAACGGAGAAACCUCGGGCAUCGGUGAAGCGGAACGCGGAUUUUCCCGCGUGGCUGGCGGAAAGGAAACGCCAAUGGCGUGAAAAAACGGGCGGAUUUUCGUCAACGCGGUCGGAAGUUUCAUCGAGCUCGGCGUCGAAUUCCCGCGGGUAUUACCAGAUUCUGGAGAUCGAGCCACCGACGAGCGGGAAUGAGUCGUAUUUCUGGGUGCUGAAUCCCGCGGGGAAGCUGCAGAAACUGUCGGUGCAGGUGAAUCACGUGCUGGUGGUGCACAGCGCGAAUUCGAUCGAAGACCCGCGGUUCCGGCCGGUGCAGCUGACGCUCCCCGUGGAAACGGAGGUUUCCCGCGGUUAUCUCUACGAGCUGGAGGUGAAACCGCGGGAAUUGAAGCGCACGUUGGAGGAAUUCGAUCGAAGUUCGCUGUCGAAUUCGAUCCUGGGCGUGUACCAGGCGAACGUUCCAAUCGAAUUCCGGGCGUUUCUCCGAACCGGGUGCGUGGCGAAACUGUCGCUACCGAGCUCUGCGAUAACCACGGGAAUCAUGAAGCACGCGGUGAACCUGGGUCGCGACCCGCUGGAAUUGUCCCGAUUUCUGCCAUUGGAGGCGGCGGACGCACCGUAUCUCACAAACGAAACUGCCAAAUUCACGCGGAUUUUUCUCUAUGUCAAUCUCCUCGACAAAAACCGCGGGUUGUGGGCCGUCUUCCGAUUGGUCGAUUCCAACCAGGAAAAUCCCGCCGAUUUCCGGAAUUCCCGCCUCGACGUCCUCUUCGUCGAGCAGAAUUCCGCGGGGAAACGCACCGACGACCGCGUCCCCUUCAAGUCCCUCCUCGCCCGGGAGUUUCACGCUCCAUCCCCGCGGGAGAACGUGGUUACCGCGGAAAUCCAGACGAGCUUCGAGGGCUGCAUAACCGCGGUUAAUCGCUAUCUGGAGGCGUACGCGGCGUCGGCGCACGCGGUGACGCUGGUGCACGCGCAUUCGCCGUUCUCCCGCGGGGAACUGCGCGGCUGGCUGCGCGCGCUGAAUGAAUUCCCGCUGCUGAGCGAAACGCCCGGCUACGCGGAGGGUCACGUGGGCGAGCUCACAUGGCGGCGCGAACUCGCGGGGAUCGCCAUCCGGGCCUUCGCGGAGAGUUUCACCAGUUUCCACGAUCGGAUUCAGUGCGCUCGGUAUGCGCGGAUCCCCGCGGGGAACGUGGCGAGCGACAUGAGCACGCAGAUCAACGACGUGCUGUUCGCGCGCUAUUUAACCGCGAAUAAGUGCAUUCUGUGGUGCUCCCCGCGGGAAACCCCCGAUUUUGGCGGCGUCUCGCUUCGCGGUUUGGGUGGGCGUUUCAUGUUCGGAGGUUUUAAAUGUGUAGAUUGGGUGGGUUCGAUUCCCGCGGUGAACGAGAGCGGGCUGGUGCGGAGCUUCGUGUUCGAUGUGUCGGUGCACAACGUGGUGCUGAACGCGAUCCGACAGUGCGACCAACUGCAAUGCUCGCUAGGAGGCGAUGUGGUGAGCGCGGAUGAUCGCUGCGGUCACGUGUUCGAAGUACUGCGACUCUUCGUCGCGGGACUGUUACAGGAUGUUGUCGCGGAACACAGUUCCAUAGCGAACUUCGCGCUCAUGCAUCUUCAUCGAUGGCUGCUCUGCCGCCAGGCCCUCUGUUUCCACCCUUUGCUGCUCCGCGUCGUGCACCGCUUGACCAAAAUCCUCCUUAAUUCCGUACUCCACAAAUCGCCUUUUUUUUGUUAA